GAUGCCGGUCAGACGCGGGCACGUGGCACCGCAGAACACAUUCUUGGACACAAUCAUUCGGAAAUUCGAAGGCCAGAACCGUAAGUUCGUCAUCGCGAACGCGCGCGUGGAGAACUGCGCCAUCAUCUUCUGCAAUGACGGCUUCUGCGGGAUGUGUGGCUACUCGCGGGCGGAGGUGAUGCAGAAGCCCUGCGCCUGCAGCUUCCUGUACGGGCCCCGCACCAAGCGCCUCGCCGUGCUGCAGAUGGCUCAGGCCCUGCUGGGCUCCGAGGAGCGCAAGGUGGACAUCGCCCUCUACAGCAAGGACGGUGUGUGUUUCCCCUGCAUGGUGGAUGUCGUUCCGGUGAAGAACGAGGAGGGCGUGGUCAUCAUGUUCAUCCUGAACUUUGAGCUGGAGAACGACGGGAAAGCGCACAUCUCCCCCCACAGAGACAUCCGCCGCAAAAUCCCCAUCCCCUGGAUCUCCUCAGGUAAGAGCCCCACCCCCCCUGGAUCUCCUCAGCCCCACCCCCUGCUGUUCCACAGUAAGAGCCCCACCACCCUGCUGUUCCACAGUAAGAGCCCCACCACCCUGCUGUUCCACAGUAAGAGCUCCACCCCCCUGCUGUUCCACAGCGGGCGGUAUGGCUUCAGGCUACGUCUCCCCCUGCUGGGUUCGGGGGGGGCGAGGAAGCGCUCCCUGAGGGAGGACCCGGAGGCGGGGGUGACGCGGGACACGUCCCAGCUGGUCCAGGACGGGUCCCUGGCCCUGAGCGAGCUCCCGACGCCCCCGCUGCUCCAGUCCUCCCUGCGUCUGGACCCCGACACGUCCCUCUCCACCUGCAGCCUCACCCGCAGCCGGUCCCACCAGAGCCUGCAGACCGCCGGGGACGGCCCCGAGAACGCCCCGGGCCCCUGGGACGGCCGCGCCCUGCCCCGCUGCUCCAGCACAGGAGCGGUGAACCACAAGCCCGGCCUGCAGAACUCCACCUCGGACUCGGACCUGGUGCGGUUCCGCGCCCUCAGCGCCAUCCCCCAGAUCUCGCUCAACUUCGUGGACUUCAGGCCCGACCCGUUCAUCACGCUGCCGGCCGCCGAGGUGGACCUGGUGGCGCCCUGCAAGCUGAUGGACCGCACCCACAACGUGACCGAGAAGGUCACGCAGGUGCUGUCGCUAGGCGCCGACGUCCUUCCGGAAUACAAGCUGCAGGCCCCGCGCAUCCACAAGUGGACCAUCCUGCACUACAGCCCCUUCAAGGCGGUGUGGGACUGGCUGAUCCUGCUGCUGGUGAUCUACACGGCCAUCUUCACGCCGUACUCGGCCGCCUUCCUGCUGAGCGACGAGGAGGAGGCGGCCCGGCAGACGUGCGGCUACUCCUGCAGCCCGCUGAACGUGGUGGACCUCAUCGUGGACAUCAUGUUCGUCAUCGACAUCGUCAUCAACUUCCGCACCACGUACGUCAACGCCAACGACGAGGUGGUGAGCCAGCCCGGACGCAUCGCCGUGCACUACUUCAAGGGCUGGUUCCUCAUCGACAUGGUGGCCGCCAUCCCCUUCGACCUGCUCAUCUACCAAUCGGGAGAGGAGACGACGACUCUGAUUGGCCUGCUGAAGACGGCGCGGCUGCUGCGAUUGGUCCGCGUGGCGCGCAAGCUGGACCGCUACUCGGAGUACGGCGCGGCGGUGCUCUUCCUCCUCAUGUGCACCUUCGCCCUCAUCGCCCACUGGCUGGCCUGCAUCUGGUACGCCAUCGGCAACGUGGAGCGCAACACCGCCUCGCGCAUCGGCUGGCUGGACUCGCUGGGCGAGCAGCUGGGCAAGCAGUACAACGACUCCCUGCCCGCCUCUGGCCCCUCCAUCAAGGACAAGUACGUCACCGCCCUCUACUUCACCUUCAGCAGCCUCACCAGCGUGGGCUUCGGCAACGUCUCGCCCAACACCAACUCCGAGAAGAUCUUCUCCAUCUGCGUCAUGCUCAUCGGCUCGCUGAUGUACGCCAGCAUCUUUGGGAACGUGUCGGCGAUCAUCCAGCGGCUGUACUCCGGCACGGCGCGCUACCACACCCAGAUGCUGAGGGUCAGAGAGUUCAUCCGCUUCCACCAGAUCCCCAACCCGCUGCGCCAGCGCCUGGAGGAGUACUUUCAGCACGCCUGGUCCUACACCAACGGCAUCGACAUGAACGCUGUGCUGAAAGGUUUCCCAGAGUGCCUGCAGGCGGACAUCUGCCUGCACCUGAACCGCACGCUGCUGCAGAACUGCAAGGCCUUCAAGGGCUCGACCAAGGGCUGCCUGCGCGCGCUGGCCAUGAAGUUCAAGACCACGCACGCGCCGCCCGGGGACACGCUGGUGCACGCCGGCGACGUCAUCUCCGCCCUGUACUUCAUCUCCCGCGGCUCCAUCGAGAUCCUGCGCGGGGACAUGGUGGUGGCCAUCCUGGGAAAGAACGACAUCUUCGGCGAGCCCAUCAACCUGUACGCGCGCCCGGGGAAGUCCAGCGCGGACGUGCGGGCGCUGACCUACUGCGACCUGCACAAGAUCCAGCGCGAGGACGUCCUGGAGGUGCUGGACAUGUACCCCGAGUUCUGCGACCACUUCUGGGGCAACCUGGAGAUCACCUUCAACCUGCGCGACUGUAACAUGGUUCCUGGGUCUCUGAGCAGUGAGGACUCUGACAGCACCUCCUUCAGCCGGCUGCGCAGAAGCAAAAUGUCCUUCCACCGUCGCACCGACAGAGACACGGAGAACGCCGGCCGGGCCAGGCCGUCGCAGAGGCCCGCGCGCCACGUCCGGAAGCAGGCCGUUGGUAACCACGGCAACGGGCGGAACGGCGCGCGGGAGGGGCCCCGGAGCUCCGACUCCUCCCCCUCGCGCUCCGUCGCUGACGACGACGAGGAGGAAGAGGAGGAAGAGGAAAAGGUCCUGGCCUGCCCCAUCCCUCCCUUGGUGCUCGACCUGCCCAGAGGGCAGCUCGCCGCCCCCAAUUUCAGCGACGCCCCCGAAGGGGAGGCGGAGCCUCAGGACGGGAACACAUGCAACUCACUGUCAGGUGCGUUUUCGGGGGUCUCCAACAUCUUCAGCUUCUGGGGCGAGAGCCGGGGGAGGCAGUACCAGGAGCUGCCCAGCCAGAGCCUGUCGUCCCCCCCCCCUCUGGACACGCCCCUCCGCUGCCUCACCCGCCGCCAGCGCAGCGGCCUGGAGACCCGGCUGGAGCUGCUGCAGAAACAGCUCAACAGGCUGGAGACGCGGAUGACAGCGGAUAUCGGUGCCAUCAUGCAGCUGCUCCAGAGGCAGAUGGUCCUGGUUCCCCCGGCCUACAGCACGGUGUCCCCCCCCCCACAGACGGGCCCCUACCCCGGGCCCGGGGACCAGCCAGGGUCCCCCGUCGCCCCGGAGCCCCAGACACUGACCUCCCUCUCUCAGACCCCGGCUGCCCAGGGCCCCUCCGCCAGCCCCCGCGAGUGUCUGUGGAGCUCCACAGAGGCGCAGGCCAGCCCCUCGGAGACCGGCCCCUGCGGGGCCCGCAGCCUGGGGGCCCGCUCGGACCCCGGGGCCGGCCGGCGGCUCUCCCUGCAGGAGCAGCGGGUCCCCCUGGACUCACGGACCCCGCAGAGACCCGGCUCGGACCCGGGAAGAUAG